GCCGGUGAUACCUCUACUUCGAGUGAGACUUUGAAUAUCGCUGUUAUUGGAGCCGGCGCGGCUGGACUUGCUAGCGCAAAGAAUAUUCUCCAACAACGUCACAAAGUCGUGAUCUACGAUAAAAGUGAUAGGUUUGGGGGAACAUGGAAGUACAUGGAUAAAAUCGGAAAAGAUAAAUACGGCGUUGAUAUUCAUUCGGCGAUGUACUAUAUUACACACUUAGAACAAAUACGCCGUAUCAAACCAUGGAAUUUCCCGAAAUCGAAUUUCCGAGAAAUACAAGGUCAUAUCCAUCACAUACAGACGUAUGGAGAUAUUUAGACUCUUAUGCCAGAAAAUUUAAUAUAACGGAACACAUGAAAUUGGAACAUUUAGUGGAGAAAGUUGUUUCAAUUGGAGAUGGCAAAUGGAGCAUAACAGUCAGAGAUCUACCCAAAAAUCAAACCGAAACCAAUAUUUUUGAUGCGGUUUUUGUAUGCAGUAGUUCUUAUUCGUCUCCAUAUUAUGCAUAUAUUCGUGGUGAAAAAGAAUUCAAUGGGAAAAUAAUGCAUAGUCACGAUUACCGUAAACCACAAUUGUAUAAAGGUGAAAACAUUCUUGUUAUUGGAACGGGACCGAGUGAAACCGAUAUCGCAAAUGAACUUCACGAAGUUGGCAACAAAAUAACACAAAGCUCCCAAAAGUCCGUGCCGGAAGUUUCAUAUUUUAAACAAUUAAUGGGCAAGGCACGUAAAAUGUGUGCGGCAGGCUUCCAUCCUAUCGUCAUCAAGGGUGAAGUAGACUACAUCAAAGCGCCUAAUAAAAUUGUAUUUAAAGAUAAAUCACAUCAAAAAUUUGAUAGAAUAAUUUAUGCAACAGGUAAUUGAGAACACACAUAGGUGACAUGAAAUAUGACCGCCGGGCUGCUCCUUAUCUUGGAAGAAAAUUCGCUUCGAAAAAACCCCAAGCGUCCAAAAUACCGGCUGGUGUCUAUCUAAUCUAACAAAAGUUUCGUCAACUUCGAACAGUUCCGUUUCACUACCGCCACCGCCACCGCCACCAUUACCACAUCGAUCAAAACCAAAACGA